ACUGGAACUUGAGGAAAGUCUACACAAGAAGUAACAACGCAGUAGUGUAAACUGCGUGCAGAACAGCCAAAAAGCAAAAAGAAAAAAAGAAAAAAAAUCAGAAAAAAAGGAACGAAGAUGAAAAUAAAAAAAUUGCAAGCGAAGAAGACAUAGUUGAAUAGAUUCUGUUAAUGGAGACUCGAAACCCUUCUUCUUCUUCUCCGGUUCGAGUCCUCAUUCGUCCACCACCGUCUUCCUCAUCGGCGCCACCUUCUUCAUCCACCACCGUUCAUUCCUCAUCGGCGCCGCCACCUCCUUCCUCCGAAGGCGUUGUAGUCGUCGGUUUCAUAUCACAACGACACGACGAUUCAACUCACUUACUCAACCGAGUCAUCGACUCUAACGUCUUUGCUUCUGGUAACAUCGAUAUACCGUUGCUCGUUGACGAUGAAGAAGCUAAGGAAUGGUUUAUGCGUAGAAGAAUUAGUUACUUCCGUGACCGUGAUAAGGGGAUUUUGUUCCUUCACUUCGCUUCCACUCGUUUUUUUCCUUCUGUUCAUGAUUUUACCGAACCCUCACUUGGAUUCGAUUCUGUUAGAGAAGAGCAUGAGUUCGGUGACCUUCAGGGAAUGCUUUUCAUGUUCUCUGUUUGUCAUGUAAUCAUAUAUAUUCAGGAGGGAUCACGAUUUGAUACUAGGGUUUUAAGGAAUUUUCGUGUGCUACAAGCAGCCAAGCAUGCUAUGGCUCCAUUUGUUAGGUUGAAAGGUGCGCCGCCAACGUUACCGUCUAGAGUGCAUUCUCCGGCUCCAGUGUCAUCUCGGGCUGUUUCGUCAGGAAACAAUUCUUCUCCGGGUAGAGGUGGUGGUGGUAAGUUGAAUCGCAAUGCGUCGGCUGUGUCUCUCAUGUCAGGUUUAGGGUCUUAUACUAGUUUGUUUCCGGGACAGUGCAUACCUGUGAUGCUGUUUGUGUUUGUGGAUGACUUCUCAAAUUUAUUGAAUUCUUGUACAAAUGGGGAUGAAUCUUCGGAUGUCUCGUCGCUUAACCAGUCUUCUAAUUUGAGUAGUGUAGGAAAGACAAAUUUGCCUGCUACUAAAGGUUCUGGUUCAGUGGUUGUGCUGGCACGCCCUGCAAGUCGAUCUGAAGGUGGACUUAGGAAGAAACUACAGUCGUCUCUUGAAGCGCAAAUUCGCUUUCUGAUUAAGAAAUGUAGAACGUUAUCAGGUUCUGAAGUUACUCACCCUGGUGUGAGAACUGGAGGUUCCACUGCUUCCGCAGCUCUGUUUUCACUUGAUGCAUCGAGGGCUGUUGUUUUGUUAGAUCGGCUUUCAAUUCAAAAAGGUCAAUCUCUUGAGUUUGCCACUGGACUUGUUGAAGAUGUCUUGAAUGGGAAAGCAACUUCAGAUUCCCUUCUGCUGGAAAGCCAUGGUCAAAGUGCCAACAAAGAGGAUUUAAUAUCUGUUAAAGAGUUCAUUUACAGGCAAUCUGAUAUUUUGAGGGGGAGAGGGGGGCUAGUAAAUACCAACAGUGGCUCAGCUGCAGGUGUUGGUAUGGUUGCUGUGGCAGCAGCUGCGGCUGCUGCUUCAGCUGCAUCUGGAAAAACAUUUACCGCUCCCGAUCUUCCAAGUUUUGAAACAUGGAUAACUUCAAGUCUUCAUAUCUUGAGUGGAGUUCUCUGUGCAAAAGGGGGUUGCUUGGAUGAGUUUGAAGUUAUUAAAAGUAAACCCCGUCCAAGGAACACUGUUUCACCUGCAGUGGAAGAAGAAUCAUCUAAGAGUAGAAAUCCUUUAGACGUUGCAGUAUCUUGGUUACAAUGUGGUAGAGGGCUGAACACUAAUUUUUCCACUUUGUGGUGCCAAAGAGCCAUUCCAGCUGCAAAAGACAUAUAUCUGAAAGAUUUGCCUGAUUGUUAUCCUACAUCACAGCAUGAAGCUCACUUAGAUAAGGCUUUGCAUGCAUUUCACUCAAUGGUAAGAGGACCUGCAAUGCAACGCUUUGCAAAAAAGUUGGAAGAGGAAUGCUCUUCCAUUUGGAAAUCAGGAAGGCAACUAUGUGAUGCAGUUAGUUUGACGGGCAAACCAUGCAUGCACCAAAGGCAUGAUGUUGAGGGCAGUAAUUCAGAAUUGGGAUCGUUGCCCAAGCCACAUUCAAGUGGCUAUUUUUUCUUACAUGCCUGUGCUUGUGGCCGUUCACGACAGUUACGCCCAGAUCCAUUUGAUUUUGAAUCAGCUGAUACUAGUUGCUUCUCUGACUGUGAUAAGCUAAUUCCCGCAGUCAAACUACCGGAGACUGGAGUUGCAGGACCUGUUCAAUCUUCUGCUUGGAGUUUUCUGCGUCUUGGAGGUUCAAGAUACUAUGAAUCUUCCAAAGGCUUACUUCAGAGUGGAUUUUGUUCUUCUGAGAAAUAUCUUCUGAAAUGGACAAUAUACCUUGAGAAACAGAGAAGGACAAAUGGUUCAACAGAGAGUAUAGUGAAACAAAGUUCCGUAAUUAGGGCACCUGAUGUUGGAUAUAUUUUAGAUGCAAGGAAAACUGGUGAUAAACAAUCCCACUCUGUUGUGCAGAGUGGAGCAGAAGGUGAUAGAACAUCUUUAGAUAUUAUCAAAGCUGAUAACAAAAAGAUAAGUUUUGGAAGAGGUUUUCCUAUUUUCAACAUGAGGAAGCCUUUUUCUGAGGUUGUUGCCGGAUCAGCAGCUGUUGAUUCAGGAUUCCCUCCUCUACAGCAAAGGAAAUUGCUUACAUCAGGUUCAGAAAAAGGUGUGAAGCAAAGCAGGCCAAGUAAUCAGAUUAUAGAAAGGGUUAAUGCAACCAUUGAUCAUCAAAUAUCUCAAAAAUCUCAAGAUAUGUCGUUUACUGAGGGACCUCUUCACGGUAAUGGCAAUAAUAGUUUCAGGGAUGGUGACCCUUUUUUGAUAGGUAGCAAUGCAGUACCUGUAUACCUGAAUGGCGGUGAAAGGAACAGACCACAUUCUUCUGUAAAGCAUGUGAUAGUAUAUGUUGGCUUUGAGCAUGAAUGCCCUCGUGGCCAUCGUUUCCUUUUAAAUGCAGAACAUCUCACUGAACUUGGAUCUUCAUACUCAUCAUCUGAAGAAUAUCAUGUAUCUUCUUCUAUGGAGCCUGCUGGAAGAAAUCAGGCAUCUCAUACUAAAGUAAGCAAGAAUGCUUCCCGGCCCAAAGUUCAUCGAAGCUCAAAUGAAGUUCUUUCUGCAUCCAUAAAUAAGGAAAGAGACGUGGGCAAAUCAAAUGAAAUUAUUUCUAAUGGUGAUCUGAAUGCUGAUGGACUGAUAUAUACUUCUAUUCCACUGAAAGAAAAAAAUUUGACAUCUGUGAAUAUAUUGGCAAACCCCCCCAAUCUUAUGAAAGAUUCCGGAGGGGAUCUUCAAGCUAUUAACAUGGGUGGUGAUGAGCUUGCAUUCUCCAUGCUAAACCGAAAUUUGCCGAUCUAUAUGAUCUGUCCUCACUGCAGGCGUUCUAGGUAUAAGAAGGAUACAGCAGAGGUUAAGUUUGCCAGUGGUAUCUCACAGCUUAAAAGGAUUUUUGUGGUCACACCAGCAUUUCCUUUAGUACUAGCAACAUGCCCUGUUGUGCAAUUUGAGACGUCAUGUUUGCCUCCAUCCGUUCCAGAUCGUGAACGAAAAUUGCAGUUUAGCCUUGGAUGUCAAGUGAUCUUGCCACCAGAGAGUUUCCUUACCCUUAAACUACCAUUUGUGUAUGGUGUGCAGCUUGAAGAUGGAAACAAGCAUCCUCUUAACCCCUUUGAACAACAGCCAGAAAUGACUGCCUGGAUUGCCAAGGGCACAGUACUGCAGAUGUUGUCCAAAGGGAGCAGUGAUGAGGGAUAUCAAACACUGUAAAAGCUGUCUAAAUCUAUGAGUGGCCUAUUUAGAAAGUAAAUGAAAGGAUCUCAAUAGCUGAUCCAAAACUCAGGACAAGGAACUUUUGUGGAUGACGAGUAUGGUCUAUAAUGGAAUUCCUGAGCUGUAAUGGAAACUCAUAGAGUAGUCGAAUACAUCAUCUUUCAGGCAUGAAUUGGUAGCAUGGAAUGACACGCUUUAGUCAUAGUAAGAAAAAUCAUAAAUGCAAAUCCAUGGAUCAAAGAUUGCUGUCUGAAUUUAUUUGGACUGCACUACCAAAUGAAAGCAUUCUACAAUUGGGGGGAGUCUGAGAUUUGUACAUCAAUAACCAGAGACCUAAAAUUGUGCUAGUAAUGGCUCCCUGGACCUCCUUAAGGAUUAUUGGAACCGAGAUCUUGUUUAUUUUCAUGUGAUUAAUUACCACUAAACCUUUCUACCAUUGAAUUUCCAACUGCCGCAGACUUACGCCAAGCUGAAACCGUUCUUGCAGGCGAACCCCACAAAGUUGUUGAUGAAAGGAUGGAUGGCGUCAUCUGCUGCAUAGAAUAUCAUGUAACCAAGGCACUGGUUAUUUAUUGCCUUUUAUGUAAAGAUGUUGCUCUUCAAUGUGAAACACAGAACAUUGAUAUUGGUCCUGUGCAUAAUUAUACCAAAAGGGUGAAAGGUAGAAGCAAGGAUCUUUAACUCUAUUUCAAGGGAGAUGUAAGCCGUGGAAUGGGAUUUAAUACGAUAUAAUGUUAUUGCGUGAUCUCAAAUUUGUUUCAGUGUUGAGUUCUUGUCUUAGUGUAAGCUUGCUGAUCAUCAAACGUGCUGAAAAAUCGUGUAAAAGGAGCCUGAAGGUGGUCUUUGUGAAAACUUGCCCUGUGUUCUUUGUAUUAGUUUAAUUCUACUUGAUUGUAUUAAUAUUUGCCUUUUAUUUUUCGAUAAGCAACUCUAUAUUAAAGAGACUAAAAAGGGAUUUGUAUUUCCUA